AUGGCAGGUCCAUACUUGUCUCCUCUACCAGGAGACUUGCUAACCGAGUAUAUGUUUGGUCGUCGUCGGCAACGCCGGAACCGCACCACAUUCACGCCGCAGCAGUUGAGCGAACUCGAGUCCUUGUUCCAAAAGACCCACUACCCUGAUGUUUUCCUGAGAGAAGAAGUCGCCUUGAGGAUCAGUCUGUCCGAAGCCAGGGUACAAGUAUGGUUCCAAAAUCGUCGCGCUAAGUGGCGCAAACAGGCGCGCCUGCAGUUGUUGCAGGACGCCUGGAGAAUGCGCUGUUUGGGGCUUGGCUCACCACCACUACCACUUACAGGUCAUGGAAAACCAUCUGACUCUUCACCAGAAGCACCAGAUUCACCAGGCGAUAAAGAUUCUCCCGAGCCACCUAAUGUUUUAGAAAACCGCGAACUUAAAUCGCCGCGACAAGACCCAUAUAUGCACAACUCCAACAUGGAAUCUCUACCUUCCUUACCUCCAAAUGUUCACGAUUUGCCAACUAUGUCUUAUGGUAAUGAUGAUGGGAGGAUGAUCCAGCAACCGUUUACUUUCCCACCUUUAAUGAUGCCUCAGCCAAUAGACUCCGAAAUCGUUCCCACAGAUUUGAGAGUAAUGGCAAAACCUAAUUGUCCAUGUGGGACUUCAGUCCAAGAUGUUAACGAACCACAAAACCUAGCCUACAGGAGACGUGAAAAGGAAAGCGAUAGCGAAAGUGAUACUGAAAUAGAUCUUACGUCUCAUUCUAAGGACGAUGAUAUUAGAGAGUCUGAGAGACUGGCCAGUCACAUUGCGACGAGUAUUUUCAGAAGUGAUACAAUAUUGCACGAUUUGGUGCCUAAUGAUUUGAGUACGAAGAAUACAAAUGAUAGAAUUAGGAGUAACAAUGUUUCUAUUUAA